CCUCAACGGUAAACCAAAACCCCACACAAACACACCCUUUCUUUUUUCCCCUCAUCCCAAAGAUUUUUGAGGGAAAAUAAGCAAAAAAUGGUUCUGCAUCCAAUCGCCGACGCCGACGAGCACAAUCCCUUUGGCUCUCUCUCCGCCGAAGAAUUCUACGCGAAGCAUUCCGUAAGCCACUCCUCCGCCUUCAUCACCAACCCACGUGGCCUAAAACUCUUCACCCAAUGGUGGUCCCCACUCCCUCCAGCUCGUCCCAUCGGCAUCGUCGCCGUCGUUCACGGCUUCACCGGCGAAUCCAGCUGGCUCAUCCAGCUCACCUCUAUCCUCUUCGCUAAAUCCGGCUACAUCACCUGCGCGAUCGAUCACCAAGGCCAUGGAUUCUCCGACGGGCUAAUCGCUCACAUCCCCGACAUCAAUCCCGUCGUCGACGACUGUAUCUCCUUCUUCGAUGACUUCCGUAACCGUCAGGAGACGCCGGAUCUGCCCUGUUUUCUCUACUCUGAGUCUCUCGGCGGCGCAAUCGCGCUCUACAUCUCGCUUCGCCAGAGAGGCGUCUGGGACGGACUUAUCCUUAACGGAGCCAUGUGUGGAAUCAGCGCUAAAUUCAAGCCGCCGUGGCCGUUGGAGCAUUUUCUCUUCGUCGUCGCUAAUCUUAUCCCUACCUGGCGAGUCAUCCCCACUCGCGGAUCGAUCCCUGAUGUUUCCUUCAAGGAGCCGUGGAAAAGGAAGCUUGCGCUCGCUAGCCCUAGGAGGACCGUGGCGAGACCACGCGCCGCCACUGCCUACGAGCUGAUCCGUGUCUGUAAGGAGCUACAGGAGAGGUUUGAGGAAGUGGAGAUUCCGCUUCUGAUUGUUCACGGCGGAGACGACGUGGUCUGUGACCCGGCGUGCGUCGAGGAGCUUUAUCGGCGAGCAGGCAGCGAGGAUAAGACGAUCAAGAUCUACCCGGAGCUGUGGCAUCAGAUGGUUGGGGAAUCGGAGGAGAACGUCGAUCUGGUUUACGGCGAUAUCUUGAAAUGGCUCAAUAGCCGAUCGGAAAUCGCCGCUGGGAGGAAACGGGAGUCCGGCGCCGCCGUUGACGGCGGAGUUUAGAGUCCUUUUGACUCCUUGGGUGUUGUGUUGUCGUUCAAUAGGACAGUGCCAUCUGGCAAGCAACUAUUUAUGGUUUCAUUGUUUCGUAGCAGAUGGUUUUUAAUUAAACCAACCAAUGGUCUAAUCUAAUAUACCUUUGGGCAUUAAUAAAUUA